AGUUUGUAGUCAUGAAGUCUUGGUGUAAGUGACGUUCUAAUUCAACUAUUUGCUUUACGAUACUCACGAGGUUGUAUUUAUUUAUACGAUAAGCUGUCUACCUCUGUCUCUUCACUCUGCUAUAUCAUCUAGUUUUAUUUUGUGCGCCAUGUGUUUGCAGACGGGUUAUGGCACGGUGAAAUUCGAACGAAAAUGUACCAACAAAAGUGUGGUUAUGACCGAAUGAUCGGAGGUUCAUCUGAAAAUUCAAUGACAUUCUUCAGAAAUGUCUUUUAAACUGUGUGGCUUCUAAUUACCUAUACAGUCAUGAAGUGAACAAUCAAAAUUCGAGUACAAAUCUUCAAAUUUUGUGGAAGACAUGGAACAGUACCUGAUGUAUAUAGGAGGGGGAGCGGGAGCUCUAGCCCUGACAGGAGUCGCCGCCGCCUCUGCAUAUUAUCUGGCUAACAGGCCCGCCCCUCAGCGGCCCUUAUUUCCCUUGGACGCCCAAUGUAUCGAGGAGAAAGAGGGAUCAGAAGUGAUACGAGUAUCGAGGUUUUUCAAAGAAGCUAAGGAAGGAAAAUUCAUAAGUUACGUAUUUUCAGAUGCGAAAACUCUUUAUGAAUCCUUCAGAAGGGGAUCCAAAGUAUCAAAUAACGGACCGUGCCUGGGCUGGCGCGACUCCUACUCCAAGCCCUACCAGUGGCUCAGCUACAACGAGGCCCUCCUCAGGGCCAAGAACCUCGGCUCGGGCUUGGUGGCAACCGGAUUGCCCCCUGGCCCCACCACCAUUCUCGGCGUCUAUGCGCAGAACUGUCCCGAGUGGAUCCUCACCGAGCAGGCUGCCUACUGCUACAGCAUGGUGCUGGUGCCUCUCUACGACACGUUGGGGCCUGACGCAUGCGCCUUCAUCAUAAAACAGGCCGAAAUCAAUACGGUAGUGUGUGAAGACGAUGCCAAAUGUAACUUGAUGUUGGAAAAAUCUCCAAGGUGUCUGAAAAAGCUCAUCGCCAUCAAAGAUAUCCGGCCAGCGACGAAGCAACGAGCGAAAAAUAGAGGAGUUGAGAUAGUCAAGUUCACGGACGUAGAAGAAAUUGGGGCUAAAAAGAAUCAUCCAGAUGUUCCGCCGAAGCCGUCCGACCUCGCGACCAUCUGCUACACCAGCGGCACGACGGGCAACCCCAAGGGAGUGAUGCUCACCCACGAGAACAUCGUCGCCUCCAUGAGCUCAGUCAUGCUCCAAUUUGGUGACCACACGCUGCGGAGCACCGACACACUCAUCUCCUUCCUGCCGCUCGCUCACAUGCUGGAGAGGUGCUGCGAGAAUGCAAUGUACAGUGUUGGAGGAGCUGUUGGCUUCUUCCUGGGGGACAUCCGCAGACUUUCGGACGACAUGAAAGCCUUGAAACCGACGGUCACUCCUGCCGUGCCGAGACUUCUCAACAGGAUCUACGACAAAGUGCAGUCGGACAUUAACGGCAGCUGCGUCAAGAAGAUGAUAUUCAAUAUGGCGUAUAGCGCAAAGGAAAAGGAAGUUAAGAGGGGUAUUUUCCGGAAAAACAGUUUCUGGGACAUGCUCGUGUUUAGAAAAGUACAAGAAGGAAUGGGAGGCAAGCUCAGGUUGAUGUUGGUAGGUUCAGCACCCUUAGCGGAAAACGUUCUUACUUUCGUCCGAUGUGCCUUAGGAUGCUUGAUAGUGGAAGGGUACGGCCAAACCGAAUGCACCGCCCCCAUCACGCUGACCGUCCAGGGCGAUCACGUGCCCGGCCACGUGGGCCCGCCCGUCGCCUGUUGCUGCGUCAAGCUGGUGGACGUGCCCGAGAUGGAGUACUGGUCGAAGAAGAACCAGGGCGAGGUGUGCGUGAAGGGUACCAACGUGUUCCAGGGGUACUUCAAGGACCCCGAGAAGACGGAGGAGGUGCUGGACGAGGACGGGUGGCAUCAUACGGGCGAUGUGGGCAUGUGGAUGCCGAAUGGUACAUUGAAAAUAAUAGAUAGAAGAAAGCAUAUCUUCAAGUUAUCUCAAGGAGAAUACAUCAUACCAGAGAAGAUAGAAAAUAUUUACAUUAGGUCACAGUACGUUAGUCAAGUUUUUGUCCAUGGAGAAUCAUUAAAAUCAUGUAUAGUAGCAGUAGUCGUACCAGACGUGGACGUGAUCAAAUGCUGGGCGCACGAGAACGGAAUCCCAGGAACUCUCAGCGUCUUGUGUAACAAUCCCGAGGUCAAACAGUUGAUCAUCGACGACAUGACAUCUUGGGGCAAAGAAGCAGGUCUCAAAUCAUUCGAACAAGUUAAAGAUAUAUACCUGCACCCAGACAACUUUAGCAUUCAGAAUGGUCUUUUGACGCCCACAAUGAAAACGAAACGUCCUCAGCUCAGCGCUUACUUCAAACCACAACUAGACGAUAUGUAUAGCCGACUAACCUAG